CGCAAACACACGCGCAGCCGCCCGCUCGCCUGCGCCAUGGCCUCGACGUACAAUCUCGAGCCGCACCCCACGGCGAAGGUGGUCCUGCACACAACCACCGGCGACCUUGAGCUCGAGCUCUUCGCGAAGCAGACGCCCGUGGCGUCGCGCAACUUCCUGCAGCUGUGCCUCGACGGCUACUACGACAACACCGUCUUCCACCGCCUCGUCAAGGGCUUCAUCAUCCAGGGCGGAGACCCGACAGGCACCGGCCAGGGCGGCGAAAGCAGCUACGAUGGCGAGCCCUUUGCCGACGAGUUCCACAGCCGGCUCAAGUUCAACCGGCGAGGCUUGCUGGGCAUGGCAAACACAGGCAAGAAGGACGACAACGGCAGCCAGUUCUUCUUCACCCUCGCCAAUACGCCAGAGCUGCAGGGGCAGAACACAAUGUUCGGACGAGUGGCGGGAGACACCAUCUACAACCUGAUGAAGAUGGCCGAAGCCGAGAUCGCAGAGGGAAGCGAAGACAGGCCGUUGUAUCCCACGCGAGUGACAGGCGCCGAGAUAAUCAUCAAUCCUUUUGAGGACAUGGUUAAGAAAGAGCAGGUUGCGCACAAGGCAGAGCCAGACACCAAGAAGCCCAAGAAGACCAAGCGAAAGGCGGGCAGGAACUUGGUUAGCUUUGGUGAUGAAGAGGGAGAAGGCGCAGAGGUCGCACCAGUGGCGAAGAAGGCAAAGUACAACGCGAAGCUGGUCAGCGGAGGCGCCCAGGCACCGUAUGUCGCGGAUGGCCCAUCUGUAGAUGCCAUGCCAAACGAAGAGAAAUCCAUACCUAUCCGCAAACCACGCAAGUCCCCAUCACGCUCGCCGUCUCCCAGACCAACAUCGAAGCCAGCACAAGCAUCGCCUCUCCCAGCGAAGGAUCCAUCCCCUCCACCCAGGGAGCUCUCGCCAGAAGCGGAGAAACAGUCCAGGCUCGAUCGCGUCAAUGCACAAAUUGCGGAGCUCAAGGCGUCAAUGAAGCGAAACACGGGGUCUCAACGAGCAGAACCUGCAAAGAAGAAGUCGCUUUUGGAGCAGAUGAUUCCCACCAGUACCACCAAGGGCCGAAAGAGGGGCGCCGCGAGUAGUGCCGCUUCAGAGAAGACCACGCUUGACAUUCUGACCAAAUUCAAGUCCAAACUUGAAUCUGCCGCGCCGGCAGAUACUAAGAUGAAGUCGCCUGAGAUACCCGAGGCAGUUGUUGUACCUGCAACUGAAGCGAAUGGUGGCAAAGCUGCAGCGGACGAGGAGGAAGUUCCGUGUGAUCUUCACUUUGUCAUGGGUUGCCAAUCAUGCACAGCCUGGGACAAACAGGACGAGGAGGAGUCGGAUGAUGACACCGGCUGGAUGGGCCACUCGUUGAGCUUUGCCAAAGAUCGAUUGGGUAAAGACUUGGAGUGGAAGAGAAAAAACGAGGAGGAGUUGGUAGUCAUUGAUCCACUCGAAAAGGCGAAAGAAUACAAGGUGGACCGGAAAGGAAAAAGGGAAUGGGAUGACGUGAAAGGCAAACGGAAGCUGAAGACCUAAAGGCUCGUGAAAGUAACAACGAAACGCUCGUACGCGCAAUCGCGCGACAACUCCGACUGCGCAAUUCCCCUGUUGCUGGUCUACUAACGUGACCGUGACGGCCAAAAUCGUUGCACCGAUACCAGGUGCGUCCUAGGCUACAGGUAUUCGUGUUUUUCCAAUGUCUCAGAAGUCCGGCAUGUGAUUGACGUAGAAGGUGUCACAGGCAGGCGUGGUUGUGAGUUGCCGCAGGGAGGAUCGACCAACGAGCGUGCCUGUAGCGCAGUGGUGGGGUCUCCCACACUUCAGCCUGCUGCUCCACACCCAUGCAGCAAGUACUUUAUCGUGC